AUGCAGUCGUCGCGAAUUCACUUGCUGCAUCGCACAACCGGGAUCCGGACUGUCGAGCAGUACCAAUCGUGCGCAACGCAAAUGAUACCUGGAACUACAGCCUUAUCCGCUUCUUCAGCGAGCUCUUCGUCGGCAUGUAAGCGUCACUGUCUACCACCAGCUGCACUUGUUCAACAUCGUCUCAGCACACCAAUUCUGACAGGAGGUCUUUGUGGCAGUAUAGCGACUGGUCAGGGCUCCAGCACUUCGUCCUUUUUCUUCGACAAGCAAGCCAGGCGACACGAGACCACGACCGCCGACACGCAGGACCGGACGAAGCAGCCAGUUUUGAAGAAGCGUCUGGUCAGUGACUACAAAAAGAACACGUUGACGCCGCACCUGGAAUGGCAGAUCUCCCGCUGCAUCGCGCGGGGAUACGGGCCAGACGAGAUCAAUCGGAUCGCACGAGCGUAUACCAUGGUGCCGCACAUAAACAUAUCAACUGUAAAAGUGUCUGGGUCUGGAAGAAUCCAACUUGUCAUGCUGAUUUUGGAUUCUAACAAACUCUGUAUUGCAUGAGCAGCAAAGAGAGUCCAAGAUUUGCUACACGGAAAGAGCAUUUGUCAUGCCGUAUAGGCAUCAGGAAGCCCUCACAAAAUCUGUGAUGCUAGGGCAUGCAUCACAGACAUCAGGAGUCAUGCAAAAUGUGCAUGGCAAACCUGGCAAUCUUCCAGACCCAGACAUUUUUACAUUUGAUAAAACAAGGGAAUGUGCCGGGAAAUUUCGAGGGUGGUACUGCUUCAGCUUUUAUUUUUCAGGGGCUUUCACAACUGGAGGUGGAGCUCAACCUCCUUCUCCUUUUCCUUCCGCUCAAUCCCUUUUGCGCAUGAACAAGUACUGAAUUUUGCGCAUCACAAGAAAUGAGAAGUUCCUCCGUAUCAAAACAUCCAGCUAAAAUACCGCAUGGUGAUGUUUUCCGGGUUGAAUUUAGUGGAAACCAUCAGCACGAUGCACGAGCUGCUGCCAGAGGACACGGAGCUUUUCGAGAUGUUUGGCGAGCGCGUGAUCGACGUGAUGGACGAGCUGAACGCGCUGAAUCUGAUCGGCAUCAUCCGCAUCUACAACAAAAUCCAGCACUACGAGGUCUUGCAGGUCCUGGUGCCGCGGUUGCAGGCUUUGCUGCGCGAGUACGAUCCCCAGGAGCUCAGUGAGAUGCUCGUCGCGCUGGCGCAAUCCACCACCGCUGUGCACGACAUUGACGUGUUGGCGUGUCUCCUGCCCGAAAUUCUGCGGCGAAUACACGAAGUGCCGUUGCAGGUACAACAGUGUGUCGUGUUGAUCUUCUCUAAUAGGAGUGUCAUCGCGUGAUAGAAGAUCAAGAUAUCCACCACGAAGUAGACCAAUUUGCAUCUCCUAAACGGAUCAAGUUCCCAUUUCACAAAAAUGCAUAACCAUUUAAGGUAAAAAUCACGAACCUGUGGUGCGUGACGAAGAUGAAAAUCAUACACGACGAGCUUCUCGACGUGGUGGCGAAAGAGCUCCAUCGAACCGAGCUCAUCAAGGGCAUGCCCGCACGCCAGGUUGCCCGGGUGCUGUGGGUCUUCGCCCGGUGCUAUCCCACAGAAAAAGACCGACAGGUCAUAUUUGUAAUGCAAAAAUAAAUACACAGGAAAAUCUGUCAUGGGCGAGGCCAUAACAUCCUGUUUAGGGCAUGCAAUGCAGAUUUUUUUGUCUAUUUAUUUUUGCAUUGACCUGUCGGUCUUUUUCUGGGGGAUAGGUGCAACCAGCUGGACCGGGUCAUCCCGCCGUUGCGGAACCUGAUCGAAACGGAACUGAAAAACUUCACCGCGAAGGAUUUUGCUAGGUUGGCGCAGGCGCUUCCCCAUUUCGACAACACGGAAUUUCUCGAGCUUCUCGAACGGCUCGGGGCGAGCUUGGCCGCCGGGGUCUCCGACAUGGGCCGCAAGGACGUCAUUCUGUUUCUCUACGGGAUGGUCCGGUGCAAGUUUCUGCAUUGCGAGGAAGUCCCAGAUUUCGACGCCGAGCGGGAAAAGCCGGGGGAACAGCGAAGAGCGGACAUACUCUACCUGCUGUUCGAGUACUUUCACGAGGAGCAGGACUUCUUCGAGCGCGACGAGCUGGAACGCAUUGUCACGACGCUCUGGUUCCACGAGGAGUACAAAUUUUGCAUCGAGCUGUUGCCGAAAUCCUGGCUGCCGAUCGUGGAUGAGGUGCUGCUCAUGUUGGAGAACCGGGAACAAGAAGUGAAAAUCGCGGGAGAGUUGGAAGCAACUCCGAUGUCCAUGCAAGAAAAGAAAGACCAGUACCGCUACCGGAUGUCGUGAGGGUAUCGCUUCUACUACACGAGAACGGUGAAAAUUAGUCCUUGCUUAUGUCAUCUCUUGCGCUUUUCUCUACUUUCCCCAUCGGAGGUAAUUGCAAAAUAGUACGCUUUUUCCAGUU